AGUCUACACCUGAAACUCAAUGUGAUAAGAUGCAGAAUGUGAAGAAGUCCACUAAUGAGACUCUACCACAAUUUAUGUACAAGCUCCAGAACUUGUUUACUGGUGUCGAGAUUGAGACUGGUCAAGAACUGGUUGAUAGUACUAAGUUGACUCGUCUUCGUGGUGCGUUGCCUAAAGUGGACGUUCAGUUCCUAAGGGAGAAAUUCCCUACUAACCUAACUUAUGAUCAGUUAGUUACGAGAGUUAAUGAGUAUUUCUCUAGUGCCAUGGAUCGUGAGUGUUAUGAGAGGUUUGUUAAACAGUAUAGGAUGUUGAACGCCCCCGAGAAAGUUGAUGGCUAUGCUCACAACGACUUGAAGACGGUGGAUACUGUGGUGGACGCUAUGGAAGAAGCGCCUUCCGUUCAGGAGGGCAAAUCUUCCAAGCGUGGAAAGAAGCCCAAGAAAGCUACCAAGAAUGUCGUGGCCAAUGAAGCGACGGCUAAUUUUGGUGGCUCUGUGGGCUCUGGUAGUUGUCGACGUUGUAACUCUAAUGGUCACACCGCUGAGAACUGCACUUCUGAGAAUUUGUCUAUCUUUCGUGGUCGCUGUUAUACCUGUGCUGACACUAGUCAUCAGGCGAACAAGUGCACGAAGGAUAAAUCUAAGUUGGUUUGUCAAAGGUGUUUACUUGGUGGUCAUGUAGCAGACGUCUGCCGAGUGAAGUGGUCUUUUAUACCUAAGUCACAUCAUCCCGAUCCUUCAAGUUCUGGUGUCAGUCAACCUCCCCAGCCUAGUGGGAAGUUUGAAACUACUGUCAACCAGAAGAAGGAAGCUACAGAUGUCUCUGCCAACUCUAAUCUGUGUGAGAUUGGUGACACACAGAUGGAGAAAGCUGAGAUUGGUGAGAUCUACGAAUGCCAGACUAAGGCCGUCUCGUGGCUGGAUCUGAAAAAGGGUAUGAUAUAUGCCAAAUUCAAGGUCUUCUGCGGGAAUCCUUAUGAAACUGUCGAUAUGUGUGGGUUAUUGGAUACGGGUGCUAAUUUGAGCAUCAUCGACAACCACACGGUCGAGGAGAUGGUAAGGAAGAAGGCUGGACGUGUUGCUAAACUGCCUCAACCCUUAACUUGUACUAUGGCUGAUGGCAGUAGGCAAGUGAUAACGCACGCAUGGCAUUGUAUGGUUCAGCAAUUGACCAAGCCGGUUGAUGGUGUUGGCCAAUAUGUUCAAUCUGGUAGAGAAGCAAGGUUUAUCAUACUAAAGACUAUCAAGAAGGACAAGGUUCUCAUUGGUAGAGAUCAGUUUGAAGACUUCGGCUUCGUUAUCGGGAAGAUGAUUAACUGCCAUCAUGAAAAGGAUUGCUUGUUGACUGACCCGUCUCAAGUCAAUAAGGUUAUGGUGGAAGAUCCUCAUCGAGUGGUUAUUCAUUGUGACCAUGUAAAGUCACAAAUGGCUGAUGUCGCCGAUGAGAUUAAUGCCACUAAGGUCUAUGAGUCCAAAACCUAUGAGGGUAGGAUGGCAUCAUUGGAAUGGAGAUCGUCCCAAAGGCCCCACAAGGCUUUCAAGGCUGCGGUCAAGAGAGCUAAGAGGUUGGAGUAUUCGCUAAAGAGAAGAG